CACAGUCAACACUGACACUCCUGAACCAUGAAGACACUGAUCAUUGUUGCCGCCCUGGCCGCCUUCUGCUUGGUGGACACAAGCGCUGCUCCUGCCCCAGAGGCUGAGCCCGGUUACUUUGGUGGCUUGGGAGGCUUUGGAGGUUUCGGUCGUGGCUUCGGGUUAGGAUAUGGAGGAUACGGAGGAUACGGAGGAUACGGAGGAUACGGAGGCUUCUAUCGUGGAAAGAGAAGCGCUGAGCCUACUGCUGAGCCUGAAGCUAAUCCAGGUUACUUUGGCGGCUUUGGUGGCUUCGGCCGAGGCUUCGGCGGUUUUGGAGGCUUCGGGAGAGGAUAUGGAGGCUACGGAGGCUACGGAUACUAUGGCUGAGCACCAGCUGUUGUCAGCUGAACAUUCUCAUGGUUUACUUUGUCUAUGAAUUUAUUAAAAAAUAAAAAUAUUUCGAGCACAAA